AUGUUUUAAGGGUAGGGCAUGUCUAUGACUGCUGAAAAUUUUUAAGUGUUGUUCACAAAAUAAGACCUAAACUUUGAAGGAGCAGGUCAACCAGUUUCCAAAGACAACUCAUUCAACUCUAAUACCCGAAAUGGAAAACUCUAAUAUACUACUCCGUCUAUAAUGACUCUUUUCGAGACAACUUACGAUAAACUAGACAGUGUUGAAUAGAUUUCAUUCGACUUAUCUCUAAUUGAUAGUAAUCCAACUACAGCUAGAGUGAACUAGCUACUAUGUAAUUAAAACCAUGGCUAAAAAUGCAGAAUUACUAUGAGCAGAUCAUAUACUCCCAUACUCUAUUUCAUGUAACCACGAGUUGUCUAUCAUGGCUCAGAAACUUCAUUCUACGUUGACCCUAAGAGUUCUUAGAACUUCAGACUAGAACACGAUCUACCAUUCGUAGAAGGUAGAAUAGAUGGAAGAACUUUAGAUUUUGAAGAAUUUGUUUCUGAAGAUACAGUUUUUACAGCCUGGACUAAAAACUCAAUUAGGGCGAAAGUGUUCGAUAUACCACCAAAUCGAAGCUCCUAAGUAAAUCUAAAAUGGCGAGUUGGUAAUAGUUUGCAUAAGGAUACCUAGAUGGUUCAAUGUGAUGUAGAAAAUAAGAACUGCUAUAAAGUAAAAGUAGUCCCAGUAAUAAGUAAGUUGAGUUCGAAUGCAGGCUACAAUACAGGUGGCUAAAUAUUGCAAAUCGAUGGUUAUGGUUUUCAAAGUGACAACAUCAGCAUCAUAAUAGAUGGGAUUGAAUGCAAAGUGCUUUCUCAUUCUUUAAAAAAAUUAACAUGCAAAACUGGAGCUCAGCCUAAAUCGUCUACAGACUAAUUCUUUGUUGGAUCAAAUGGUUUGAAAAGAAGUUUUUAUAACAUAACUGAUUAGUCUAUUGGAUAAUCUUGGAGUCGACUAGUGUCAGAAAAUCUUUAAGAAAUUUCUAUAGCACUUUCUUUUGAGACUCAACGUAACCAGAUGGACGGAUAUUCUGGAAAUAUCUUCAAGGGUUAUUUCAAGCCACCCACUUCAGGUAGAUACAGAUUCUACAUGGCUUGUGACGAUGCUUGCUUCCUUUUCAUGAAUGUUAAUGGAACUAACACUAAAGAUCCUGCUGGUGCUAUUUAACUUAUGAAUUCUGGCUAUACAUCAUAUAGAAACUAUCUUAACCCAGAUGAUACUAAAAGAGUAACAGAAUGGCUAAAUCUCUCAGCUGAUUCUUAUUAUUACAUCGAGGGGCGUCAUCUUUAGUACACAGGUGGGGAUGAAAUGGUAGUCUCUGUUGAAAUUGAUCUCAAUUUUCCAGGACAUCAAAAUGCUAUGAAGGAGAUCUAAAGACUUAGAGUAGAUCCAGAGAACAUAAGGGAAUAACACAAGAUUGUAAUUAAAAAUCCUGAUAGUGGAGAUUUUAACAUGGGAUUUUAAAUUCCAGGCGAAUCUACUCUAUAUAUUGCUAAAAUAAAUUCAAGAGCUACAGCUGAUUAAGUUAGAAUUUCUCUAAACUCUUACUGGUCAUCAUACUUUGGUUGCACAAUAUCUGUCGCUCUAGUAAUGUAAGAUGCAUCAGGCAAUAAAGUUUAAAAUAUGUAAAAUUCAGUAGUUAAUACUUACACUAUAUCUAUCAAUAAAGCUCAGAACAAAAACACACUCACAUCUCAGCCAGCCAUUCAGCUACUAUCAUCUAAAUCAAUUAUCUUAUUCCUAAGAGUUACAUAAAAGUCUACUUAGUAGCUAGCAGGCAGUUUCAUCAUCAAGUGCGCUCUGCAAGAUGGUUCAUUGAAUACCACUGCUGAUAUCCAAGCAUUAUACUCCCCAAGUCAAAUCAAAACUGCCAUUGAGAAAGCAUGCCCCAACUACAAAGAUAAGAUAGACAUCUGGGAUGGCACAGCCUACAGCUACUAUGUGGAUGGCAGAGACAUAAUGAUUAGAUUUACUGAUAUUAACUCAGACAUUCCAUAAUUUAUAAUCGAUAAUUCUACAACGAAUGCUAUUAUUGGGGCUAAUGUCAGCUUCUCGUAUUAGACUACCAAGCAAUAUGGUGAGUCUUUAUUCUAUGAGCCAGUUCCAUUUGAAUUCAUCUAUACUCAAGAGGAUAAGCCACAAGUCUUAGUUACAGUUGAUGGACUUCCAGCUGUAUGUUCUUCUCUUGAUUGUGAUUACUCCUAUAUCUCUUCUGACAGCUAAAUCAGCUAAUUCUAUCUUUAAGGACUAAGAUUGACUAUAGAAGGUACAAAUCUUCCAGAUACAUCAAAAAUCUAAUCGGUUUAGUUCUCAAAUGUAAAUUGUGCUAUUUAAUCAGCAUCAGGCACUUAGGUUGUAUGCAACCUUCCUUCGAAAGUAGCAGGAUCAUGGGAACCUUUUCUUACUGAUGAUAAGGGUCUAAUACGAGUGUACGAAGCCACUGGUAAUGUAUUUCUAGAUGAUAAUAGUAUCUUUGUUCCACUAAUAGUUUCAGGAAUUUCACCAAGCUCUGGUAUCAACCCCAACGGUGGGAGCAAACUUAAAAUAAUAGGUGAAAAUUUCCCAACUUCUAUCAAUGAUGGUAGCUCUAUUUCUAUUUCUUUCGCAGAUUCAUAAUAAUGUGAGAUAUUUAGCUCAACUGCUACAUUAAUAAAAUGCAUCCUUCCUAAAUUUGCAUAGACAGGCACUUAAAGUGUCAUAGUUAUUGUCAAUGGAUAAAAAGAUAAUUCCUUUUCAAUCGAAAUUUCUUAAAACCCAGCAAGUCUAAUAUCACUUACCCCAGAAUAUGUUUCUCCAGUUCUCAAAUAGCUAAUUCUUAUUCAAGUAGAUCCUAGUUUCAACGGAGUCCUUGACAUGAAUGAACUUACUGUGACUCUUGUCAAUGUUGAUGCUUCAAAUGCCUUCUCAAAAUAGAUAAAUGUUGUUGGGGUCAAUAAUACAGCAAAAACUAUCACUGUUAAGUAUGGAGGCAUAUAUAGUGGGAUUUACAAUGUUAAUGUCUUUACUGAUGCUUAUGGUAUGCUUGAUAACUCAGCUGUAUAGCUAAAGGCUUUAGGAGAAGUACAGAGUAUCUCACCACCAUCUGGUUCAAUAUAUGGUGGGACCUUGAUAACCAUUACCGGUAGAGUAUUCUCAACAGAUCCAACAGAUAACCCUGUCAGAAUCGGCUCGACUGACUGUCUUGUUGAAUCUUCCUCAAGUUCUUAAAUUGUAUGCAGAACUUAACCUAGAAAUCCAAGUUAAAUUUCAGAUACUUUAAUUGCUUUCCUUAAAACUUCAGAAGAAGCUGUCUGUAGUACUGGUAAUGACUGCAAUUUCACCUGGUUAUUAGAUUCUGAAUUACCCGAACUUACAAAUUUUGAACAGAACUCAGUCUCGUUUAAUGCUGAUAUCAAGGAAUAUUAGGUCACCCUCAUAGGUACUAAUUUCCCUACUACUGUCUCAGAUGUCAUCUUUUAGAUAGAUGGUUUUGCUUAGACUAUUAUAUCUGCUUCAGAAACUAAAAUUGUUGUAGCAAUUACAAAUAUACUCUCUCAAAAUUCCAAAAAUAUUCAGUUCUAUCUUCCAUCAGGAACUCCUAAAGGAGCUGAUCUCCUCACUUCAAUUGGAAUAAAUUUAGAACCUAUCAUCAUAUCAAUAUCACCAAGCCAUGGAUCAUCUGGAGGAUCAUUGGUCACUGCAAUUGUAAAAGGUCUUGGCAUAUUAUCAACUGAUGUGACUCUGACCUCUAAUAAUAGAGAUAUUUGUGAGUCAGUUUCAAUCGCAGAAUAUGGAGUGCUUGGAUGUUAAACUAAACUAAUUAGCAUUUCGGCUCAAGAUUUGUAGGUAAAGGUAAAUAAUCUUACUUAUUCAUGCACUAUACCUUCACAAUGUGUUUAUGAAACAAGUGAGUCAAUGCCCUCUAUCUCAUCUAUAUCUCUUGUUACAGGAUCGACAUAAAUGGUGAUAUUAGGUACUAAUUUUUUGACCAUAGGAUAUCUAGCCACUGUUAAAUUCCAAGGAUUAGAAGCUGAUUUAGUAACUAUUGAUUCAGACUCUUAGGUCUCAGCUACUUGGAAUCACGGUGUGCCAUUAUCAGCUAAUCCAGUUGCUCCAAUUUUGGUAUUUUCUAGCUUAAUUUCUAGUUCCAUCAAACACACUGCAUCAGGAACUGCUACAAUUUCUAAUACUUUUUCUUAAACUUCUAUAAAUUAAAAUGUUGAUUGCUCAUUUGCAGGCGGAUGUCUUCUUUAAAUUAACUAACCAGGCCUUGCUUCUACAUUGACUUAAAAUUAAAAUUCGGUGAGGAUCUGCGAUAAAAUAUGCUAACUUGAUGCAGUUGAAUCCUCUAGCACUAUUAUGAAAUGCAAAGUUUCAAAACUCUCGACUACCUACUCUGUAACAAAAUUCAAGAUUGAGGAAGAAAGUUACAUCACAGGCUCACUCUUUGUCUCAAAUACAACUGGGAUAACAGCACUUUUAGAUGAUGAUAAUUAAACACCCUAUAUCGAUUCAGUUUCAUCAAAUUGCUACUUUGGAAUUUCGUUUGCGGAGGGUCAUGUUGGUCAAAUUUCAGAAGUCAAAUACUUCAUGCCAGUCUUUGUAAAAGCAAACUUUGUUGGAAAUUUAAAAUUUUAAGGCUCAGAAGAUGGACUAACCUAUACUGAUAUAUUUAUUGUUGGCCAGGAGAUUCAUGAAGGCUGGAACUAUUACAGUUAUAAAGAUAACAAUCUUAAAUAUAGAUACUACAAAUUUUAAGGUUAUCGGAUUGGGUCUUGUAGAGUAGGUGAGUUGAAAUUUAGAGGAAUAGAAACAAUUGAUAACAAUGAUGAUAGUUAUAAUUGUCCAGUCACUGUUAAUCUCUAAGGUUAAAGUCCUAUUCAGUUAACUGGGUCAGUAACUUACAAAGCAGCCUUGACGCCAAAGCUUUUAUCAAUAACACCAAGAUAUGGAAAAGUUUAAGGCUGCGAGACUAUCACUUUAAAUGGAGAGUCCUUUUCAAGUCUAAUAUCAGAUUACUCAAUAAAAAUUGAUAAUAUUUAAUGCACAGUUUAAACUGCUACACCUACUUAAGUUACUUGUAUCACUGGUAAGAGGCCAGGUCUCUUUCCAACUCCAACACUGGAAUUCAAUAUUAAGGGAUAAGGCAAUAUAGCCUCUCAAGGAAAGGUCUUCAGGUAUGUAAACUACUGGUCUCUUUUUGAUACCUGGGGAGGAGAAUUCCUGCCAAUUGAAGGUGAAUCUGUUUAUGUACCAGCUGGUCUUCAUCUUCUUGUAGAUAUUGACUCCACACCAAUUUUAAACGCAGUUGUAGUUGAAGGUUCACUUAUAUUUCCACCAAGCGCUGAUCCAGAAUAUCAUAGAACAUUUGAUGCUCACUAUGUCAUGCUAGAGGGUGGAUAUAUGGAAGUAGGCACUGAAGAAUUUCCAUACAAUUCAAGGCUCACAAUUACCAUGCACUCUAAUAAAGAAUCACCAGAGCUGCCUAUCUAUGGGAACAAAUGUAUUGCAGUGAGAAAUAGUAUUCUUGAACUACACGGAGUCCCUAGAUUUCCAGCAUGGACAAGUCUAGCAUCCACUGCUGAAAUUGGGGCUACACAAGUUACUUUGAUUCAAGCUAUCGACUGGAAAGCAGGCGAAGAAAUUGUAAUAGCUCCCACAGGCUAUGAUAGCAGGGAAGCUGAGGUUAGAAGGAUAGUGUCAAUUGACAGAAGAAACUUGAACAAACCUAUUAUUACUUUGGAUUGGCCCCUUCAGUACAAACAUUACUCAAAUAUCGAGUACUACGAGGAUAAUUUCAUUGAAAUGAGAGCAGAGGUUGGUUUAUUGACAAGAAACGUUGUCUAUAGAGGAGACCCAGAGACUUCAUCUAAGAAUUAAUUUGGUGCUCAUAUCAUGCUUCAUUCUCAUGGGGAUGAAUCAGUAAUAGGAAGAAUUGAGUACAUUGAAUUAAAAGAUGUGGGUUAAGCCUUCUAGCUUGGAAGAUAUCCAAUCCAUUUCCAUUUAAUUGGUACUGUGCACAACUCUUAUAUUAGAGGAAAUUCAAUCCAUCAUACCUAUAACAGGGCAGUAACCAUUCAUGGAACACAUUAUCUGAGAGUUAUUAAUAAUGUUGCAUAUCAUACUAUGGGACAUACAUUCUUUAUUGAAGAUGCUGUUGAAACUAAGAACUUGAUUUAAGGAAAUUUAGCAAUUUAGACAAUGGCUUCAAUGUCUUUACUGAUAACUGACUAGACACCAGCAAGUUUUUGGAUAACUCAUCCUGAUAAUAUUUUUAAAGACAACCAUGCAGCAGGCUCAGAUAGAUAUGGAUUUUGGUUUGAUACCUAGCCGAAUCCUACUGGUCCAUCAUACUCCUCAGAUAUCUGUCCUUAAUAUGCUCAACUUGGAGAGUUCAGUAAUAAUGUAGCUCAUUCAAAUGGGAAAUAUGGGUUGAGAAUUUUCCAUAAACUUAUUUCUAGAUAAAAUCCUUGCUUGCCUCUUAUCUACAAUGAAACUAACGUUGAAGAUCCUUAUCAUUAAAAUCCUCUCGUCACUUCAUACUUCAUAAAUCUUACAAGUUGGAAGAACGUAAGAAAUGGAGCUAUUGCUGAGUAAGUAGGAGAUGUCAGAUUUGUCAACUUCAAAGUGGCUGACAACCUAGUAGGUGGUAUUGAGUUUUCAUUGACAGGGGAUGUUGCAGAUGGCUACGCUUAAAUUAUUGAUGCUCUUGUAAUUGGCCAUUCAUAAAAUGCUGAGUAAAUUACUAUGGAUUCAACUUUUCAUGGAAUAAUUACUCCUAGGUCUGAGAAUUUUACUGUUAAUGGCGCCAAAUUUUAUAACUUUGAUUAGCCAGGCCAUGCUUGCUUUGGGUCAUGUUCUCAUUGUUUCUUUCCAGCAUCUACAGAUUCAGGGGCUAGAACUGUAACAUUCUAAAGAAUUUACUUCCAUUCAACUGCAACUACUAAGAUUAAAUAUUAAUAUCCAUUCAGAGAUAUCUUCUUUGAUUUAGAUGGUUCUCUUACAGGUAAAGGACCACACACUUGGGCUACUCCAUUCUGGCAGCAUAAUGUUUAACCAGAAUGUGAAGUCGAUUUAGCAGUCUAUGAUGGAAUUAUCUGUGACUCAACUGUUCAAAUUAGAAGAUUGGUUCACUAUAACUAUGCCCCUAAAAUCUUUGAUAAUAUGGAAAUGAAAGUACUCAAAUUUGAUGACAACCUCUACACUGAUAAAUAUGAUUUCAUAACUACUAGAAACUAUUUGACUGAUUAUUCUAUAGUUCCAUUUAGACCUAAAAUAAAUCCUGUAAAUCAUUGGGCAAUGCCUUAUGUGACUGGCCAUAAAUAUAAGAUUCACUGGAGAUUUGGGCUUGAUUUCACUCAAAUGCAAAUAGAUUUAUCUAACAGAUGGACUACCUCUGACAAAGACAUCUACUUUAUGUACAAUUUCACAGAUGUUAGAGCUAAGGUAGAAUUCAUUAGUGGUGAAUCAAUUUAGAAUAACGCUACUUUAUUAAACAAAGUCUAGAAUAUGCUACAGACUGGAGAUAACGUUGUUUACAAUGACUCAGAGACAAGAGAAAUUCAUACCAUUUUCAAUGGAAGAAAUUUAACAAAGAAGUCUUUAGUAAUGAAAGGAUACAGAUGUAUAGGUUCUUGCCUCUCUCCUAUUAGUGACUAAAAUAAUGUUGAAUCUAUUUUUAGAAGAUGGAGCGACCCUAGUUCAUGGCCUAAUGGAAAGGUUCCUACAGAUGGAGAAAAUGUUGUUAUUGAAGCUGGCUGGAACAUGCUUUAUGAUGUUCAGAACAGCGCAGGUCCUAUACUGAAAAUGCUGUAAAUAAAUGGCAGACUUACUUUUGAUAACGAGGAUGAGAAAGGAAAGAAUCUUUACUUAUAUGCGAAGUAUAUCUUCGUUAGAGCAGGAGCCCUAAUUAUCGGUAAUGAGACAAAACAAUUUUAAGGGGUUGCUAACAUUGUACUUUAUGGUGAAAAAGCAAAUGAACAAAUUGUUUAUGAUUAGGCGAUUGAGGCUGGAAAUAAAAUAUUAGUAAACACAGGAAAUAUUUCAAUUUAUGGCCUAGCCAGGAAUAAAUUGACCAGACUUCGAGAGUCAGUAUAUUAAGGAGAUAAAAAAUUACUAGUAGAUGUAGGUUUAGAAUGGAAAUCUGGUGAAAGAAUUGCAUUGGCAGCAACUACACUUAGAUAUCUUGACUCUGAUUAUGCCAUUAUUGAAAAUUAUGAUAAUUCUACUGGGAUUUUAACAAUCAAAACUGGAUUAACAUCAUAUCAUUAUGGAGCAAAAGAUUCAACUGGGCCAACUCAUAAUGGAAUUGACAUGAGAGGUGAAGUACAUCUCCUUUCUAGAAAUGUCAAAAUUCAGGGAAACAACUCAGAAGCAUGGGGUUGCUAGAUUUUAACUAGCGACUUUGUAGAAAUGAAUGGUGCUAUUCGAAGUGGUCACACUUACAUGAAUAAUGUUGAAAUUUACAACUGCUCUUAAUAUGAUACCUUCAAAGCUGAAAUAGCAAACUCUGCAAUCUAUACUGGAUGGGGAUAUGGAGCUUAAUUUGAAGAUGCUGCGAAUGUGAAACUGACUAAUAAUAGCUUUUACUUCUUCGUAAAAAAAGGAAUCAAUAUCCAAUCAAGCUCUGUAAAUUUAUCAAUAAAAUAAUAAUCAAUAUAGAAUAUUACUCUUGAUGGGAAUCAUGUCAUGCAUGUUAGUGAAAGAACCUUCAUAAAAAUGGAUAGAGUGUUUGAACCAACAGGUGGCAUUCUUGUAUGUACUGAGCUAGGAGAUACUUGCUUAGAUAUCAGUUUGGUAAAUAAUGUGGUAUCAGGAGCCCCUUUUACUGGAUAUGCCAUGUAUGGUUACGCUUGUGGUGAAAAAGAUUCAAACGUAUUCAGAGACAAUAUUGCACACUCAAUCAAGGAUACUGGCGCUAUUAUAUUUGCAAAUAAAAGUGAUCCUAGGUAAUUUACUUGCAUGCAAGCUUCUCGAUUUGCAGCCUACAAGUGCGGUCUUGACGGUGCUAUUGCAUUUAAUCACUAAGCUUAUAAGAAAAUUAUCUUCUCCUAAAUGACUUUUAUUGAUAAUGGAUAUGGAGGCACUCCAAUGGUUGCUAUUGAAGGAGAUGAUUUAGAGGCAGAGAUGAGGGAUUCAUUUUUCUAUGGAGAGUCUGAUGCAAGAGAUUGUAUGAUAGAGAAUGAAUGCCAUACCUAGAAUUCUUAUGCUUGCAUCCAUAAAUCUGCACUUUAAUUGGCUUACUUUGCUAUUGAAGGCAAAGAGCCUUUGCCUAAGAGUGAAUGCUUAAUUCCUAUUAGUAAAAUUAAAAGAGAUGCCUCAUAUGGAGGGAAAACCACUUACACUAAUCUAUAGUUCUUCAACUUCAAAAGUAACAAGACUUAUUGCGGAAUGCAAUAGGUUUUAUUCAGAUUAAAUCAAAAUGCAACGGAUUAUACUCCUAGAGCCAGAUUUAUUUCACCUAGAUUUGAAAAUAUUCAUCAAGAUGCAAUGGCUCACCUUUAUACUCCUCCUGAUAUGUGGACAACCCUUGAUGGAUGCGGAGAUUAUCCAUGCACUGGACCAAGUAAUGCCCUUCUAUUAUUUGAAGGAGCAACCUUUUCAGGUACAAUAAAGCCAAAAGAUACUUAUAAAACCUUCUAAAUUAUUCCUAAUAAUAAGGCAACUGUUUAAGGAUAUAGUAACUGUGUAAACUAUCCAGCAUGGAAUGCAAACCAUUGCACUAGUGAUAAUCUUGGAGUGCUUCUCUUUGAGAGUACUGAUGAUGAUAGAUAUAAGAGAAUGAUUAGUCCUAUCUACAUAGUCUGUAAUUAGACCAACUCAAAAAAUACCUUGAAUACUUUUAGUGAUCAUCUUUGGGAUGGAUUCUACACUAGUCAACUGAGAUUAGCAAGGUGGCCAACAAUAAUUGAAACUGGCCAAGCGAAUGGCACAUACAAGACUUAUGAUAUUAGAUAUUCAGGUACUCUUCCAUCAAAUUAGAGAUUUUCUCUUUUUGCAGAUGAUUCUGCUGUGAUUCUUAGAAUAGAUUAUACCAAAACAGGAUCUUAUAUAGUCACUGAUUUCAAUGGAAAUACAAUUGAUUCCAACAAAUGGAAUGACAAUAUCAAGCAGCAGGAUUUAUUAAAAAGUUAAAGAUGUGGUGAAAAUAGAUAUUUGGGAGUGUUUAACAUUCUAGAGUUCUUUAUGCCAGCUGGAUGCAAAAUAAUGAUAAAGUCAAUUGGGUUUAUAAAAACAUUAAUCAGAUUAGAUUGGAAUAUGGAUGCUUUUUAUUCAGAUGGAGGUACAACUAAAUUCAUAGAUAGAGUUGCAGGAGCUUUAGGUAUUCAUGCAUCUACAAUAAAAAUUGUUGCUGUAUACUAGGGUUCUGUUGUUAUUGAUUUCUAUAUAAUUCCAGAUAAUGCAGCAAUAACAGCUAGUUCAAUUUAAAAAAGUAUUAAAAAUACUCUCAUGUCAAAGCCAAAUGCUUUUGGAGCACCUGUCUUGAGUGUAUCAGCUGAUGGCACAGCUAUCAUUACUGAUGGAAAGAUUGUACUAGAUACAAAUAAAAACUCUGGAACUGACAAUAGUAAUGGUACAGCUAGCAACGAUUAAAGUGGCCCUAAAUCAGUAAAUGUAGAUACUAAAGAUUCUGAAAAAUUUGUUUCUGUAAGUUCCUCCUCGAACAACCAAGAUUAAGUUAAGUUGAUUGUAAUCUUGGUAGUCAUUAUUGUUGUCAUUUUAAUUGGAGGUAUUAUCAGUUAUUUCAUCUAUCAAAAGUACUAGAAAAAACACUCUGAUUAGAAUUUCAUGAUAGUUAACGAGGGAACUCAUUCACAAAUUUACACUUAAAGAGAUGCCUCAGAUUUAGGUGAGCAUGAAGUUUACUAGUAACAAUACCAUCCAAAAUCAGUUAACAUUUAUACUACACAUACUUAAAAGGACUGGGAAUGA